UUUGUUAACAUAAUGAAUACCGUACUUUCUUUAGAACAAUUUUCUUCUAUAAUUCGCUAUCAAGAAUCAUUCUGUUAUAUGAACGACAAAGUUCACUUCUCAGAUAAUAUCAAUUUAAAAAAUAGUUCAAGUUUAGAUAAUUAUCCUAAAGUAAUUUCGAAUGAUGGACUUACAUGUAAUCAAAAUUCAGAAGAAACUCAAAUACUUUUCCAAGAAAGGGAUGAUAUUCUGCUAAGAAGACUUAUUCGCAUUUACUUUGACCAAGGUUUUAUUGAAUGUAUUAACACAGCUGCAAAUCUUUAUGAAACAAAUGAAGAAUCAAGAGUUAUUACAUUACCUGCAUUUUAUUUGAAAAAGUCACUUGAUUGGAUUCAAGACUUUCGAUACAAGUUGCAGCCUCAACUGAAAGAAUUACGUUCUAGCUUUAUGUUAUAUUAUGGAACUAGAAACUGGGAGCAUAGUUUAAUAAGAGCUAUAACUUGGCAGCCACUUUGCUUAAAAUUAGCUAUUGCAACAUUAGAUGAUACUGUCAAUGUAUUUCACUGUGGACAAAAAACGCCUGCUACAAUUUUAAGAGGAAAAAAGCAAAAAGACAUAUCAUGUCUUUCUUGGAGGCCUUAUGCUGCUUUUGAACUGGCUGUUGGAACAUCAAUUGGUGUAAUAUUAUGGAAAAUAGAUCAAAAUUCGAUACAAAUUCGGCCAUCUAUGGCUAAUGCAAUUAUAUUAAAACAAAUGAAUGUUGCAAGCAUAACCUGGAAUUCUUGGGGAACACUUUUAAUUACAGCAAGCUCAUUCUAUGGAAAUAUUCUGGUAUGGAAUUGUGAACAAAAUAAAAAUGAAAAAGUUUGGUGCAGCCGAAUUGGUGUUAAUUUAGUAACAUGGGCUAUGUCAACUCACUAUAUCUGUUCAUCUGAUAUUCAAGGAACAUACAGAGUUUGGGAUACAUAUAAGUGGUCAUCAACCAGAUGGAAGUUACAUAAAGGCAUAAUCCAAACUGCUUGCUGGACACCAUGUGGAACUCAUUUGAUUUUUGCGACUUCUGAGGAUCCCAAUGUGUUCACAAUUAAUAUGAAUGUGGCACUCGCGCCAAACAAGGACUCAACUCCAUUGAUGGGUCCUACACGUUUAGUUGAAACAACUAAAAUUACUUUGCCAAAUGGUGAGCCUUGUGGAGGUUUGAUACAAAAUUUACAGUUAUCAACAAAUGGUUCAUACUUAGCGAUAUUAUUUAAAAAUUCAAAUUACAUAGCUGUUUGCAAAAUUGAUGUUGGCUGUGCUGUUUUACAGAUUUUUCCAUGUUUCUUGUUUUGUGGUCUUGCUGGUGAACAACCUGCAUGUAUAGAUUUUCAAAAAUAUUGUAAACACGAUUCUUUAUUGACUGUGGGAUGGACAAAUGGCCGGAUUCAACAUGUUCCCAUUAUUACAAUGUGAAAUGAUUUAUAUGAAA